AUGUGCGCUAAUUUACAGGGUAGUGAUGCGGAUGUGCUGUCAAGUUUUUUUGAAGAGUGGCCCAAAUUUGAUGCACAGGUUGGCCAAAGUUCGUACCCUCAAAAGACUGAAAAGGAUGUCUAUUUUAGCUCAUAUGAAUACAUUGGGAUCCAUGAAGAGAUGAUUAAAGAUUCUGUUAGAACUGGUAAUAGCGAUAUUAGCGUAUUGUACAAAUAUUUCACAGGGUUAUACUAUAAAGCCAUAAUAGACAACCAAGAAUUGUUUAAAGAUAAGGUUGUUAUGGAUGUUGGAUGUGGAACUGGGAUCUUAUCCAUGUUUUGCGCGAAAGCGGGAGCUAAAAGGGUGUAUGCCAUUGAUUAUAGCAAUAUAAUCCAAUUAGCCAAAAAUAUCACAAAGACAAACGGAUUUUCCGAUAAAAUUAUCUAUAUACAGAAUAAGGUGGAGGAUGUUCAAGAAAUUACGGAGAAAGUUGAUAUCAUCGUUAGCGAAUGGAUGGGCUACUUCCUCCUAUAUGAAAACAUGCUUGCAUCUGUGCUUUACGCUAGAGACAAGUGGCUGAAGUCAGGAGGCUUGAUAUUUCCGGACAAAGCUAGACUAUUUAUAGCAGGAAUCGAAGAUGCAGAAUUCAAAAGUGAAAAAUUUGAUGGAUGGGAAGCUACAUAUGGCCUUGAUUUUUCACUCAUGAAGAAUCACUUAAUAGAGGAGGCCCUAGUCGAUGUUGUAGACGAAAAAAGUAUAACAACAAAUGCGUUCUGUAUCCUGGACCUCGAUCUGAUGACAUGUGUCCCAGACGACACAGAUUUCUGUUCGAGCUUUUCCCUGGUCGCACAAAGGAAGGACUAUGUUCAUGCCUUCGUAUUUUGGUUCGACGUUACAUUCCGCGCCUGUAAAAAACCUCUAACCCUUACAACAAGUCCAAGAAGUAAAUAUACACACUGGAAACAAACAGUAUUUUACAUUGAGGACAAUAUCGCCGUAAAUAUCAAUGACGAAAUAAGUGGCAUGAUUGCAGUAAGGAAGAAUUCCAAGAAUCCUAGGGAUGUCGAUGUCAAAAUCGGAUACCAAUUGAAUGGUUCUUCAUCCAUACUAGCAUAUAAGUAA